UCCAUAUCAACUGAUCUAGAUCCAGCACACCCCGGUCCAGCUUAGCUCAGCUAUUUUCACCGUGUCUCGUCCCUGCAAACCCAACCCAGCUCUGUUGGACAUGAAGUUCUCCCAAAUCCACUGUGCCCUGGCCCUGCUGGGUUUGGCCCUGGCCAUUUGCAGCCAAGGAGCCGCCUCGCAGCCCGACCUGGACCUCCGCAACCGCAGACUCCUUCAGAGGGCCCGUGCCGCUAGCAUUGCCACACAGGAGUGGAGUAAGCGAGUGAUGGAGGACAUUCUAUCCGAACUGUCCUUGCCUGAGGUGGAGGCCCAGAAAAGUGAGGGGUCCACGGCUGAGGCCAAAGAGGAUCUGGAGCGCUCAGUGGACAACUCCAACAACCUGCCCCCCCGCGAGCGCAAAGCUGGCUGCAAGAACUUCUACUGGAAGGGCUUCACUUCUUGCUGAGGGAAGAAAAGUCUGACCACCUUAUGACACGAUGCUGCCAAUCACAUCACACCGCCAACCUGCAUCUGACUAAUGCAGCCAAUCAACAAUUAGCUGUGCCUGAUGACGAUUCUUGAAAUCAACAGAAUGAUGUACCUGUCAAAUUUAUGAAAUAAAGAGAAAAUAAUUUUAUUUCAGUGGGUAAAUUAUUUGAUUCAAUACAUUUUGUAUAACCAAAGCAAAGACUACCCUUUAUUAAUUUAUGCAUAGAUUACCCUUUAUUAAUUUAUGCACAGAUUACAUCUAGUACUGGCUGAUGUAACACUCAAAUACAAUCAAACACUCACACUGACACUAGGCUAGUGAGUGGCCAAUCCUCAAAAAGGGCUUCAGUUUUUGAGAUACCCCUACCUGUAGGACAAAACACAACCAUGUUUUUUCACAUCUUUAAUGUCUCUCAUUUAUGAAAUGGAUAAUUAUGAAAAACAAUUUUACUGCAAAAGUAGUAAAAUGUAUAGAUAUUGUGUCACACCCCGUAAACACAAAAUAUGCAGAAUAAUGCCUGGCUGGAGGGGGUUGGGCUACAAAUUUGCUCUCAUUCUGUGCUGUAUGGUCAUGCCUGACAAAAAUACAUACAGUUACACAUGUUUUUCGAUGUUGUGGCUAUUGUAAUCGGCUCUAAAGAAAAUACCCACUAAACCAGGUGUGUCAAACUAAUUCCAUGCCUAGUGUCUGCUGGAUUUUGGUUCCUCUUUUCAGUUAAGAACUAGACAACCAGGUGAGGGGAGGUCGUUACUAAUCAGUGACCUUAAUUCCUCAAUCAAAUACAAGGGAGGAGCAAAAACCUGCAGACACUCAGCCUUGCGUGGAAUACAAAUAGUCCGUUGUCUGCACUACAUACAUAUUAGGAUAUCUUAAUGCAUCUUGGAAAUAUAUGCCUGAAACACAGAGACGCAACAGGUGGAA